AUGGACCAGGAAUCUCCGUCCAUGUUCAAUAUGUCAACUGCUCCAAUUGGUUCUAAGCCUAGGGAAGUCCUGGACAAUACACUUGAUCUGAUGGGCGGUGGAGACGACUUUUCCUUGACCCAGAAUCGUCUUUCUGUCACCAAAAACCCCGCUCUCGCCAGCGUUCCAACUCUCUCCGUCGCCGAAAAUCCCCUUGUCCGAUCGCAAGAAAAGAAACGCCCCAGUCUUCUUCAACAAGUCCACCAGCGGCGCAUUUUCCAGCGCGAAAUCGACAGCUACGCCAGCUCCUCCAGUCCCGAAUCUCCAUCAACGCCAACGAAGCAAUCAGAAUCAGAUAAAGAAGUGGACUCUGCGGCUGCUCUAAGGGCGAACCUAGCUGCUCUUUUCGCCUCCACAGGUGGCUCCAGCCCUGGUUCCGGUUCGAGCGCAGAUGAUGAAGGGGAAGGAGAAUCUACUGAGAAAAUGGAAAAGACGAUGGCCUUCUUCCAUGAUUCAGAAGAGCCGACAAUGUGUGCUGAUAGAACGAUCGCGCUGGAAAAGACGAUGGCGAUGGAUGAAACGGUCAAUCUUGGUGGCCAGCAAAAGAAUUUUGACAAGACUGUCUUUAUGGAACAGACAGUCAUUGGCAGUCCAGGCAGUCCCAUGGGCGAUUACGAGGAAGGAUCAACGGAGAUGUUUACUCAAAUGGAAGCGAAGGCGGCACAAAUGGAGGAAGAAGAGCAGAAAUCUCUCGCCCUCGAAAAGUCUCUUGCCAAGCCAGUUGUCAUCACUCCAAAGGCGAAUAAAAGCCUUCAAAAUAUUCUUGACAACCCUCGAACUCCAGAAGACGUCAAAAAGAUCGCCUCGUCGAAUAUGAGCUCCGCGGCUCCGUUUGAAAUUCCCUCGCCGAAAAUAAGAUCGCCACUUGUCGACUUCGACGGGAUUUCACGAGAAAUCGACCUGCUCAACGGCAACGAUUACGCUCCUCCGACUCCCGAUUUCGGUCGCUCUCGCGGUCGACAGGCCCUAAUGCGCGCUCGUGAUUCCCUUGGAUUGGCGAAACAUACUCAGAUGAAGAAGUUUCAGCGGACGGUGACGGAGCAGAUUUCCACUAAUUUGAGCAUCAACGUUUCUGAGAGAACUGCGCUAGAAUCGCUUACCCCCGUCGCUCCAAAGCGACUUGACUUGACUGAACUAGGGGCAUGCGAUUCCCUUGGAAGCAUUCCACAACUCGACUUGGACUCACCAACUGUGGCAAACGAUGUCGAAAUGGAAGAAUCGUUGGUGACUCCAGACACGACUGAAGCGAUCCAGUCGAAGGAGGCGAUAUCGAAUGAGAAGACCGAGCAAAUGCAGAAAAUGACGAUGAAGAUUGAUCUGCUCGCGGAAAGUAAAACUGCUGAGAUCAACGCUCGCAGCUUGAUUGGUGACAACACAAUGGCGACAACGAGCAAUUUCGGGGAGAUUUCGGAACUGCCAGAUGUACCUGAUCAAAGUGAAGAAAUCGACCGAUUCGUCACCGAUAUAAAAGCGGCCUUCGAUAAGCCACACCCAGAGAUCGUCAUGAAGCCACUUCCGGCAGAUCGUCCUCACCCUGGAAUCAUGGACAACCUUCUUCUCCAGUCGAAGGUGGAGCUGGACAAAUAUCUCUGCGACAAGUUCCUGCGAGACAUGAAAAAAUGCAAGCCAGCGCCUGUCAAAUUCCACUACGCGCGGGAUUUCGACCAGUUUCCAGUCGAUCUCGAGAAGGUGAUUGCUGCUGCGGAGGAGAAAUCAAGGAAGAGUGCUUACGAAACGAUAAUCAAAAUCCAAGGCGAUUAUCUUCCUCUUCUCGACAACGUGAAGCUCUACAAAUCCGAGGCCGAAAAAGUCUUCAAAAAAGACGAAGAGCUUACUCCGAUUCUUGCCGAUCUUGAGGUCGAACACGAGAAACUUCUUCGUGAAGAAGAGGAUCUUGCGAACAAAAAACGAUCACAAGAGAGAGCUCAAUCUCAAACUGAUGUACUUCAGAAAGAGAUUGAGGAGCUAGAGCGCCAGUUAGAGGAGCAGCAGGCAAAGAUCGACGCGAUUCCAGAAGUAAAACGAAUCAACUGGGAUGAGCGAUGCGAGACGGUCGCGAAGAAACACAACUUCCGAUAUUGCGCGGCGCCGUGGGAGAUGAAUCUCUUCAUCGAUGCUCGCCUUGUUUUCCGAGGCAAGACGAUGCAGUUUGAGCGAUGGCCAGUCAACGACAUCCAUCACAUCUCCAUCAAGCAUGCAGCUUUGCGUUCCUUCCGCGCUCCAAGCCUGCAACCUGGAAAGAACUUCAGAAAACUUGAUGAUCACUUCAUCGAAUUUCUUGCGGAGAAGGCAAACUCGAUGAGGGCACAAGGUGAGCGCAUGACAGCGCGAAUCUAUCCCUUCAUAAACAGCCACAACGAGAUCUAUCUGCAAGCGCUGGACAAGAUUCUGAACUUUAUGGACGGAUUUGAUAUUUUCUUAGAUACAAAAUUUUUUUUUAUCGAUAGCGUUCUGAUAAACGCUAUUUUUUCAUGUUAA